AUUUUACACGGUGCCAGUCAUCUGAGAAUUAGUGUGAGGCAGCAGAGACCUGAUGUGUUUGACUAUGCAGCAGGAUAGCGCUGCUUACAGCUAGCUAGAAAGCUACGCGAUAGCAUUACAGCUAACCUCAUUCUGCGAUACAACCUCGAGACAAGUCGGGACAAGACCAGUCUCAGGGCUCACCAUACUCAAUGAGCGGACAGCGCAAUGUCAGAGCGCUCUGGGCAAACUGCAAAGGGGAAGGAAGGCAAAACCAAGUAUGCGUCUCUCAACCUGUUUGAUACAUACAAAGGAAAGAGCCUUGAAACACAAAAGCCUGUUGUUCCCCCCCGCCAUGGCCUGCAGUCUCUUGGUAAAGUUGCCUCCGCGCGGCGUAUGCCACCCCCUGCCAACCUGCCCAGUCUGAAGGCAGAGAACAAAGGCAACGAUCCCAACGUCUCGCUCGUUCCCAAAGACGGCACAGGAUGGGCAAGCAAACAGGAACCAGCAGACCCAAAGAGUACCGAUGCAUUGUCAGCACCGCAGCCGGAAUCGCAGCAGCCUGUGGCUUCACAGAUACCUGCACCGACCCGCCCGAGAACCCCACCAGCUUCAGAGGCUCUGGCCCCAGCUUCAACCCAGGCCGUAGGGGCAAGGUCCUGGGCUCAGGCCAGUGUUACACAUGGAACCCAAGGGGAUGGUGGAAAGGGAUCAAACCUACCGUCGCCAUUCUCUCGCGAGGAAUUUCCCACCCUGCAGGCGGCUGGCGACCAGGACAAAGCUGGCAAAGAACAGGGCACUGCAGAUCAGUGGUAUGGGCCCGGACCAAGCCUCCGCCCCCAGAACGUUACAAGUUGGCGGGACGGUGGGGGCCGAGCCCUGGCGCCCACCCUGUCUGGGGAGGGGGCAGCAGAGGGUGGCACUGGUGGAGCUCUGGUGAUGGAUGGGGCAGCUGGGGUCCCCCCUCCAAACGCUCAGAACCACGGGCCACCUAGGAACCCUCCUGCAGGCAGCCCUGCCUUGCCCCUGCCCCAGCCCCCUGUGGGGCCCGGGUUCCCACAAUAUCGAGGAAUCAUGCCUCCCUUCAUGUAUCCUCCCUAUUUGCCCUUCCCAGCACCCUAUGGCCCUCAGGGGCCCUACAGGUACCCGCCACCUGGGGAAGGGCCCGCUCCAAGGUUCUCUCGUGGGCCGGGUGGUCCUGACGGCAGGCCACAGGGCGGCCCACGCGAUGCAGGUGCAGAGGUGGUAAAGCGACCCUCUAUCCUAAAGCAGGAUGACCUGAAGGAGCUGGAUGAGCUGGACCACGACGGAGACGAGGGAUGGGCAGGAGCUCAUGAGGAGAUUGAUUACUCCGCCAAGUUGAAGUUCAGUGACGAUGAAGGAGAUGAGGAGGGUGAAGAGGAGAGAACCGAGAGCAAGAGCGACUCACGUGAGCAGCAGAGGUCCCAGGAUGCAACUGCAACGUCUCACUCCCGAGGCUCAGACAGUGGCGGAGACACCCGUCGCACCCCUCCUUCUAAUGCUGACAAUGGCCCCCAACCACCCUCCAGCAAGCCAGGAUGGGCCGAGGAGGGAGGCAGCGGCUGGGCGGCCCAGGGAGCUCCAUCCAACUACCAGGGGCGUAGGCCUGGAUUGGGUGGUCCUCGGGAGCAGCCCUCCCCCCCACCUGGGCCGCUCCUCGGACAAGGGCCUUACUCCUUUUACCGACAGGACCGCCCCCACAACCAGGGUGCCCCUCUGGGCCCGGGGAAACCUGCCCCUGCCCAGCAUCCACCUGCAGCCGGAGGCCCCACCCCUCCUCCCCAGCCAGGCCUGCUGGUCCACGGCUCCCAGGGGGAUGAUGAGGAUGAAACUUGGCGUCAGCGCAGGAAGCAGUCGUCCUCCGAGAUCUCUGCUGCUGUGGAACGAGCCCGACGCCGUCGUGAGGAGGAAGAGCGUCGAAUGGAGGAGGAGAGGCGUGCAGCCUGCGCCGAGAAGCUGAAGAGGCUGGAUGAAAAGCAGCAGCAGCAGCAGGGCAGCAGCGCAGGAGGUGGUGGCAGCGGCAGUAAAACCCCCAGCCUAGAUGGAAACUCUACAGCUGCCACAGCAGGCAGCCCCAGUCCAUCUCUCUCAGCUUCAGCUUCCUCCCCUAACAUCAGCCAGCCUCCUUCUCCCUGUGUGGACCCUGAGGAGCCUCCAGUGCUGGCUGUCCAGCCCGGGCCUGGUCCUGGAGGAAGUGACCGUCAGCGAGCCAGCAGCAACAGCAGCUAUGACUCCAGUGCAGAUGUCCAACAGUGUUCCCAGCCAGCUGUGCAGCAGCAGCCCACACUGGAUGUACCUCCACCAGGAGAGAAUAAGGAGGAGCCCAUGGGCAGCCCUCACAUCCGUGCAGGAGGUGGAGGUGAAAGAGUUGACCCAGUGAAGAUUGAGAACAUUGGAGGCGGAGCAGGUCGUCAGGCUGGUGGUCCUUCUGGCCAGGGUUACUCCAAAUACCAGAAGUCUCUUCCACCUCGAUUUCAGAGGCAGCAGCAGGAGCAGCUCCUGAAGCAGCAGCAGCAGUGGCAGCAGCAACAGCAGCAGCAGCAGCACAGCCAGGCCUCACAGAGCCAGCUGUCCCCCCAGCCCCAGGCUCAGCAGGGUCCUUCUCCGGGUCCAACACCCCAGCCAGGGCCGGGACCUAAGCAGGGUGGUCCUCUGUACCAAGCCGGAAAUAUGGUCCGACCUCCACCCCUGCCAAUGAACUUUGACCCGCGCUGGAUGAUGAUGCCCUACAUGGACCCCCGUAUGAUGCAGGGUCGCCCUCCACCCAUGGAUUACUAUUCAGCUGGCAUGCAUCCGUCUGGGCUAAUUGGGCGUGAGCGGUCCGAUUCAGGAGGAUCUGGUUCAGAUCCCUUCGACCGGCAGCAGCAGCAGCAUCCAGGGCACCCUCACCGUGGGACCCCCCCUAUGGAUCCUAAGCUGGCCUGGGGGCCGGAGGUAUUCCCUGGUGGUGGGGAGAACCGUGGGCUAACAUCUCCCCUCAGGCAGAAGCAGGGAUUGGAGGAUGACGAUGUGGCCAAAGGGCCCAGGAGUGACACUCCUCCACACCGCAUGAGAGACGGUGGACUGGGACCCAUCCAGCAGCCCAGCUCCACAUCUGGAACAUCCAAUCAAACUCCUCCUCCUGUUGGCACUCAAGUUACCACCCAAGGGGGCAGUCACCACCCUCAUCACUACAUGGGUGGGCGGGGCAACUACAGCAACUUCCCUGAUCAGGGCGGUAGGAUGCCUCCCCACCAGCAGCAGCAGAGGGGGGGUGAUAGAGGAAAUCAGCCGCAUGGUUUCACCCAUCAGGAUGAAGGACCUCCUCGAGGGUCCCAGCAGGGCCAGAUAUGGGGCGGUCCACAUCCUCACUACGAUCGUAACAGUCGUGCAGAUCUCCCUCCUGUUGACAGCAACUCUCACCUCCACCACCAUCACGGCCACCACCCCCAGCAGCCUCACUUCCCCCUCCACCCUCACAAGCCAGAAAACAGCCGUGACAGGGUCGGCGACGCCCCCGCUAAGAAGACCGACUCUUCUCCACCUCUCCACCAACCUUCCCUCUCAUCCUCCUGCUCUUCUUCCUCUUCCUCCUCUUCUGCCAGGGAGGAUGGGGGCGUUAAAGUGGCCCUGCAUCACCACCCAUCGCAGAGAGAGGGCGACGCUGCUGUCGGCCACGGUCUCGGUGAAAGAGGCAGCAGUGGUAACGCCGGCAGCAGCCAUGUGAAGCAGGAGAAGACCGGCCCGGCUUAUGCUUCUCGUUCCACCAUCACCUCCAGCCCACCUCCUGCUCAGCAUGGCAGCCAUAAUCAGCCUCAGCAGCACCCCCAUCCCAAAUCAAACCAAAGAGGAGGACGGGAGCACAAGACGGAGACGCAGUGGGGCCCACGGCCCGGCAGCAGCAAUAUGGGUGGGGGGUCCUCACAUGGAAGGAGGACCAACAAUGCAGGAGGUGGGAACAACUCCCGUGGAGGAGAAGACUCCAACACUCCGUCAGACCACAAAGCCUCCAACCAGACCGGAGGCAGCAACGCCAACAAGAGAGCCGGGCCCAUUAAGAAGCCGGCGCUGAAAGAAAUCAAGAGAGACGGCGGGGAAGUGGAUGGAGCAGAAAAACCAAGCCAAGGGUUUGGAAAAGAUAAAGAGCAAGACGGCGGCCAAUCUUCCUCCAUGAAACAGGAAACCUCCAGCUCACAAAACACAUCAGCUCCACCUAAAGACGAGCCAGCCCAGACAGCCAAACCCAGGAACGGAGGGAAAGAACGAUCCUCAGGUGGAGGAGGAGGAGGAGGAGGAGGAGGUAGAGGGCCCAAAGAUGUAGACGCCAACUCAUCUGGCUUCUCAGGGUCCAGGAGGGACAGAGACCGCUCCUUUGAAAGAGGAGGUAACCCCACCCACCACCACGGAGUCCCAGCCAAAGGCAACAGAGCCAGUCGGGGACGAGGGGGGGAGUUCUUCGGGCGUGGCCGUGGUUACCGGGGCACCUACACGGCCAGCGCUGGACCCACUGGUGGCAGCCGGGGCAGAAUGGGUGGCAGGAGUGGCAGAGACUACCGAGCAUCAGUUGGUGGUGGUGGCCACCAUCAGGAAUCCAAGGGUGAAGGAGCUGGAGGCCGGCAUGGUCAGGACCGGUCUCAGCAUAAUCCAGCCAGGGCCAGAAACCGCAGUGAAACCCGUAGUGAGGGUUCAGAGUAUGAAGAAAUCCCCAAGAGGAGGAGAGAGAGGGGCUCAGAAACUGGCAGUGAGAGUGGAGCCAGUGAUCUGGGUCAUUCAGACAAAGAAGACAACCAGAAACCCAACACCAAGAACGGCUCUGAUAACGCCAACGCCGCUGCCACCGCAAACAUUUCAUCUGCACCACCUAGAGGCUCCCAGGCCCGAGUCUUCACCCCCAGGGGUGUGCCCUCUAGGAGGGGCAGGGGUGGUGGAGGUGGUGGAGGAGGAAACAUCUACAGGAGCAGUGGCAAUAUGGGAGGAUCAGCUGGAGGACACCGGGUUGGACCCAACUCGGUGUCUCACGGUGGGUCCUCCAAGUCCUCCUCUUCAGCCAGGAAACAGCAAGGUCCUCCUCAGACCUCUGGGCCCAAAGACUCAGGUCGGGGAGGGAAUGCAGGAGAGAAGAAGGACAAGACAGCUGAUGGAGGUCAACCUCAGAACCAGGGGACCAACCCCCCUCAGCCGUCUGUACCUGCUGCUCCUCCUGCUGCCCUCGGCUCCACUGAGAACGGAGGAGUUGUAGCCCAGCAAGCACCAACCAACCCUGCAUCAAACUCUGGAGGGCCCAACGCGCUCCCUCUCCCCAACAACCGUGGGUUCCCUCCUGGUGGGUUUGAGCGACCCCCCAGGCGUCGCCGUCACGGGCGUUCCCAGCACCAGCAGGACAAGCCGCCACGCUUCCGGAGGCUGAAGGAGCGAGAGAACGCCGCUCGGAUUAACGGAGGAGUGGGGGUCAUUGGGGGAGGAAGGCCCUCCUCUCCUUCCCUGAAUUCAGUCCAGGACAGUAACGGAGCACCGGCCUCUGCUCCUGUCACCGGGAACGCCCAGAACGCCAACCACAACGCCACACUAACAACUAACAACAGCAGCGGCGGUGGAGGGCAUCUCAGCAACGCAAACAGCCACCACCAUCACCACUACAACCAGAGCAACGCCGCCCCCACCCACCCACAGCACCCCCACAGCCACGGAGCCAAGUCCCCCGACUUCACCAACCAGAACUCAGACCAGGCCAACGAGGAGUGGGAGACGGCCUCCGAGAGCAGCGACUUCACCGAGUUCAGAGACCGGGAGGGAGGAGGAGGAAAGUCGUUCGCUUCCCACCAUCACCACCACCUGGGCAGAGGAGGAGGAGGGGGAGGUGGAGGUCUGGUGGAGCGCGACGUGGCAGGUAAAGAGCCCUCGGCCAAUAAGAGAAGCUUCUCCAGCCAGCGUCCCGGCAUGGAGCGGCAGAACCGGAGGGUGACCACCGGAGGCGCUGGAGGCGGAGGGGGAGGCAGGGGUCCUCGCGGCCCGCCUGGCGGAGGCUCCGGUGGGCCUGGCAACGGCGGCGGCGGCAACCGCGGAGAGAAGCGUGGAAACUGGCCGUCGCCGAAGAACAGGAAGUGAUGGAAUAUAAAACAUUUCAACCCAACACACAUUAACUGUCACAUCUUUACCCCUCUGGUCGCUCCUUCAUGGCUUCUCCGUCGGCAUCCUCACACAGUAGUGCGUUGUGUACAGUACAUGGAGGUGGUCUUCAUUCACUCUAGCUGCCCCCCACCCCCUCACCUCUCUACUAUCUACCGUCCGUUAUUGUAAAUUUCUACGUUUGUUCCGUCUUUCCGUUCAUUUGUGCCCCCUUCUUUUCUUUCUUUAGUUUUUUUUUAAACCUUUCCCCCAGAAAGUGGCCCCUGUUGGAUUUGACAAGCAUGUGUUUGUGGGUCGGGGGUGCACGUCGUUCACACACACACACUCGCAUUUACAAGCACAAAUACGACAUUUUUACGACACGCAGUCAUGUGGGUGCAAAACAUGGGAUUAAAUUGGCGUUUGGAUCGGGCUAACUUUUAUAUUUCUGUGUAUAUUUCUACCACACUUUGGCCUUGGGUGGUAUCACGUCAUCUUUUAACCAGAACAAUGUAACAUAAGAUGUUUGCUUUCUCUUGUAUCUAUUUUUUUUUUUUUUUUUUUUUUUUUUUUUAAAUUUUGGUCCUGUGUCGGUUGAGUUUGAGCCUCUAAAAAUGUCAGGGGUUUGUGUGUUUUCUUCUACAACAGGUCAUUAAAAUACCUUUUUACUAAAUUCCCCCAAUUCCUUCCUUUUUGCCGACUUUUCGGUCCCGUCUGAUUACUGUGAUAAGACCCGUCGACUGCUCAGUGCUCACCUACACUCGCAUCCACUUGUUUUUAAUAUCUGCUGCUUGUUCAGAUAGACGGUGUGAAUAUUUUCCCUCACCGUUCAUUAGAUAUUGGUUGUUUUUUCUUUAGGAAUAAAGGCUUUUUCCGGCCUCAUCGUAGCAUCCCUCUUUAAAAAUCAAAGCAUCCUUUCUUUCUCUCAUGAGUUCACCCUUUGAAGACUGUACCGAUAGUUUGACGGCUUUAUUUUAAACACCAUUUUAACUCUUUUUUUUCCUCCCUCAAAGUGAAAAAUGAGUUAAAUGAAAAUGUAUGUCACAGUAGAAUCGACAGGAUAAAAAACACUUUCAUAAACUUGUUUCUGCUUCGGUAGGUGAUUGAAUUUGUUCUAAUAAGCACUCCUUGUAGUAAAACAAACAUCCAUGGUUGCUGUUUUUUCUUUUCUUUUCCUUCCUUUUUGUGUUGAUGUUUGUGGGCGGGCUGCAGGUACUCUGUCUGGGCCCAGAGUACAGCGCUGAGCCGAGUGUUGUGGAGAAGGACUCCUGGUCUGAGGAAGUGUUUUUCAAAGCGUGUGACGAGGAGCCCCCAAAACGAAGUGAAUUCAGGACUACAGUUCACCACACGGUUACCGAGAUCUCACUAAUGCUGACCUGGAGCGAGGAAACAUUGGAUCGAUGUUUGAUUGGUAGUUUAUAUCACACCGUAGAGACACGAAAAGGACUUGAGACGACAUCCGAGGUGAACUAAAUCGAUUUUUCUCAUCCACUGCUGUAAGUUGGGGUUUGUUUGUUUACUGACAACAGUUUGAAGAUCGUCUCUGGGACGUUGUGAGUCGGGCAUUUGCUGAUUUAUUGUGUGCGUGUGCUUGUGUGUGUGCGUGUUUUCCGGUGUCUGUAAUAACCUGGGAAGGGGUGGGGGACCAGAGGGUUCAACAUGAACGGCAAGCACUUUCUGCCUCGUUUGCCCACACAUGAUUUAACAGACGUUAUUGGAACUGUUUCUUAAAUACAUCCACGUAUAUACAUCCAGCUGUGUGUAUAUGUUCAGCAUCCAAAUGAAGAACCUGCAGUCGAGAGCUUCACCAGUUUUUUUUGUGUGUGUGUGUGUAAUUUAAGCGUACAUUCUUCAGCAGGCAAGCGAAGUUGGACAUAUUUUGACUUUUCACUGACUUCUUCUAAGCAUGAACACGGCCGCGGGUGCAGCUUGCCUUGCCUGUUACUGGUUUCUACAUUGAUAGCUGUACACUUAACACUGGCUCAAAGAGUCCUUCAUCCCUCCUUAACUCUUAAUGUGCGCAUUAUUGUAUGUACCCAUGUUAAAAGAGAAACUAAAGUAGUGUAUUCCAGAAAAAAAAUACUCAAAGAUUGUAUUAUGUUUCCAGCAGGUAGCGUUACCCAGGUACCUGGAGUGGUUCAAGCUGUUUUUAGCAUUUAUGGUUUUAUUAACGGAACCGUAAUAUACACACAUGUAUGUAUAUUGGUAUGUAUCUAAGUUUUGUCUACCCCAACUUACAUUCCCACAAACAAAUGUUGCCAUUUUUAGUUCAAGGGAGCAAUGUACAAGCAGAGAAGUGUCUUAUUAUAAUAAAGUUAUACAGAGAAGGCAAAGUUAAAUAAACUACUUUUGAUUUAAUGGAAA